UUUGAUAAGUACUUGUCCAUGUUUUAUUGCCAGAUUACCAAAAUUAAUUCUUUGAUCUCUUGAGUACGUAUCAGAAAAUGUCAAAGGCACCAGAAGAUGAACAUCCAGUGAAGGCCUUCGGCUGGGCUGCUAGGGAUAAAUCUGGUCAUCUCUCUCCCUUCAAUUUCUCCAGAAGACAAACAGGUGAUGAGGACGUGAGCUUCAAGGUUUUGUACUGUGGGAUAUGCCAUUCUGAUCUUCACAGUCUCAGAAAUGACUGGGGUUACACUUUCUACCCUAUUGUUCCUGGACAUGAGAUUGUUGGAGAAGUCACAGAAGUUGGAAGCAAAGUGAAGAAAGUGCAAGUGGGGGAUAAAGUUGGGGUGGGAUGCAUAGUUGGUGCUUGUGAUUCAUGUGACAGCUGCAACAAUGGCCUUGAAAACUAUUGUCGCAAAAUGAUACUUACCUAUUCUUCCAAAUACCAUGAUGGAACUAUAACUUAUGGAGGCUACUCUGAUAUGAUGAUCGCCCAUGAGCGAUAUAUCGUUAAAUUCCCCGAAAACAUGCCGCUAGAUGCCGGUGCUCCUCUACUGUGCGCUGGGAUUACAGUUUACAGUCCUUUGAAAUAUUUUGGAAUGGCAGAACCAGGCAAACAUGUUGGGAUUGUAGGACUCGGUGGACUUGGUCAUGUGGCUGUGAAAUUUGCCAAAGCUCUUGGUGCCAAGGUCACUGUUAUUAGUACCUCUCCCAGCAAGAAAAGUGAAGCUAUUGAUCAACUGGGUGCUGACUAUUUUUUGGUUAGCCGUGACCAAGAUCAAAUGAAGAGUGCGAUGGGCACCAUGGAUGGAAUUCUGGACACAGUAUCUGCUGCGCAUCCCAUUCUACCUCUGCUUGGGCUAUUGAAAUACCAUGGAAAGCUUAUUCUAGUUGGUCUACCAGACAAACCGAUUGAGAUUCCUUGCUUUCCUUUAGUAAUGGGAAGGAAAACGGUGGCUGGUAGUACAAUUGGAGGAAUGAAGGAAACACAGGAGAUGAUUGAUUUUGCCGCAAAACACAACAUUACUGCGGAUAUAGAGAUUGUUGCAAUGAAGGAUGUGAAUGCAGCGAUGGAGCGUUUGGCAAAGAAUGAUGUUCGAUAUCGAUUUGUCAUCGACAUUGGAAACACUAUUGCUGAAACCAAGCUUUAAAAGAGAUCUGGUUAUAGCUUGAAUUGGCGGUUUGGUCGAUCAUGGCUAAAUUUCUGCCUUAUUAUUAUUAUUAUUUUAUAUUUUACUAUAUGCUUUUUGUGUUACUUUUUGGUUUUUAUUGAUUCGUAUUGGACCACACACCAGUAUUAUUGUUGGUUGAUUGAUGGUCAUAUAUUAUUAUUAUUAUUAUUAUUAGGUGAUUAGAACCCAAGACUUCACAUAUGAAGAAGUCUAGUCAUAAAUUGUUUAUUAAAAUAAUUUAAUGAAUGGACAUGGUUAUUUUAUACUUAUAAAAUGUCUACAGAGAAAAUAACACUUUCAUUUCAA